AUGGCGCUGUUCUGGUUCCAAAAAAGCAAAACAAACAAAUGCUAGUUUUUGUUUUGUUUCAAGCUGCCCAUCAUAUUGUUGCUAUACAGCUCGACGAUGGAUUUGUUUAACGCGACAGCAGGUACGACAAUGUCAGCAGCCAGUAAUUCGGUAUUGAGUGUUCCUACUUACGUGGAUGCAUCAACCGGAAUGACAUCGAGCGAGGUGAAACAUGGAGUGGACGAACUUCAAGGGCAACACAACUCGACGGCUUCGAUUGCUGUGCAAGUUCUGAGUAUUGAGAGCAGGCUAAGCAACGAGCUGAAUCGUCUCUUGUUUAGCCCUCCAGUGGCCUAUGUUUACAAUCCAUUAAACUACGCUUGGGAAACACACUCCAUGUUCGUCACCAAAUUUGGAAACACAAAGAAACAAAUUCUUUUCGUGGGCAUGAACCCAGGGCCAUGGGGUAUGGUUCAAACUGGGAUUCCUUUUGGUGCUGCAAGAUUGGUCCAAGAUUGGCUCGGAAUUGUCGGAACUGUGGGUCAGCCGCCUGUAGAGCAUCCACAGCGUCGUGUCCAAGGCUUCCAAUGUCCACGUACCGAGGUUAGCGGCCAACGCUUUUGGGGUUUCUUUCGAGACAUCUGCAUCACUCCAGAAAACAUGUUCAAAAAUUCAUUCGUUUAUAGCUACUGUCCAUUGAGCUUCAUGCACACUAGUGGUCGCAAUAUCACGCCCCCGGAAUUGAAAUCAUCGGACCGUCAGGCGAUCAUGGAAAUGUGUGACUCAUCUCUUGCUCAGAUCAUCACAGUCCUUCAAGUGGAUAUCGUCAUCGGUAUUGGCAAAUUUGCCGAGUACCGCAUACGCGAGACUGUUAAAAAAAACUCGUUAAACGUUACAAUUGGUUGCAUUCUGCACCCGAGCCCGAUCAAUCCAUCUGCUAACAAGGGAUGGAAAGAAGCCGUGCUGAAAUCCAUGCAAGAAAUGAACAUUCUUCAUAUUGUCAGAGGAGAUCAGCUUCAUCAAUGUAUUUAAGUUAUUUGUACUAUUCUCGUUUUUCAAUAAGUCCAAGUCAACCAUUGCGAUCUUAUUCAAUAAGCUACAGUAAUUGUUGUGAAUUGUUUUCAAAACUCGGAUAAGCCAUUUGACAAAUUUUUAAAUUUCUUGCUUCAAAAGCUAUAAUCAAGGCCAUAUAAAGAUAUUCGUUAAGGAACUUUCCUUUUAUUGUUACGAUGUCAUUUAGCAUUUGUAUAUUAACAUUUCUAGUUUCUCUAAAUUUUUGGAUCUCAAUGUGGAAGUGAAUAUACAAUUUCGCUGAUAUGUCAA